GGACGGUGGUCACGUGCUCAGUUUUGCUCCGGCGAACUCGAAGUUAGGAAGAAAAUAGUCUGAAAGAAAGAUGGCUUUUUCCGUCCGGAAUCUCCUCAUUAGCGAACGCGUAGACGCCAGCUGCAAGAAGAUUCUGGAAGAAAAUGGCAUUAAAGUGGUCCAGAGGGAAAGCAUGACCAAGAACGAACUCCUAGCUGAAAUUAAGGACUAUGAUGGACUUAUUAUCCGUUCUGGAACAAAGGUUACUGCUGAUGUUAUAGAUACUGCAAAGAAUCUGAAGAUAAUAGGUAGAGCUGGAACUGGAGUGGAUAAUGUGGAUGUGGAAGCAUCAACAAGGAAUGGAAUCAUUGUGAUGAACACACCAAAUGGAAACACUAUCAGUGCUGCAGAAAUGACUUGUGCGAUGAUCAUGUGCCUGGCGAGGCAAAUUCCACAGGGUGUUGCUUCCAUGAGAGGAGGAAACUGGGAGAGAAAGAAGUUCAUGGGCAUGGAACUGUUUGGGAAAACCCUUGGAAUUGUGGGACUUGGAAGAAUUGGCAAGGAAGUAGCAACUAGAAUGCAAUCAUUUGGAAUGAAGACCAUAGGAUAUGAUCCAAUCAUUCCUGCUGAAGUGGCAGCUACCUUUGGAGUAGAAUUCCUGGCUCUGGAACACCUCUGGCCGCAAUGUGACUUCAUCACUGUCCACACUCCAUUAACACCAUCUACCAGAGGAUUGCUGAAUGAUGAAACCUUUGCCAAAUGUAAAAAAGGAGUCAAGGUUAUUAAUUGUGCUCGAGGAGGUAUUAUUGAUGAGGAAGCAUUGCUUCAAGCAAUUGAAUCUGGACAAUGUGGUGGUGCAGGACUUGAUGUAUUUGAAGAGGAACCACCCAAGAAUCUUUCUCUAGUGAAGCAUCCAAAUGUAGUCAGUUGUCCACAUCUAGGUGCCAGCACCCAUGAAGCCCAGGGACGUUGUGGAAAGGACAUUGCAACUCAAAUUGUGGACAUGGUGAAGGGCAGGUCACUAGUUGGAGUGAUUAAUGCCCAAGCUCUUAGCCAUGCCAUGGCCCCUGAAACCAAACCCUGGAUCCAGCUUGGAGAAGCACUGGGUUCAGUGGCAAAAGCAUGUGCUGGACAAGAAAAUGGUAAAAUCAAAGCACAAGUUACAACACUAGGUACAUCCUUGAAAAAUGCUGGGAAUUGUAUUGCCACAGCUGUGGUGGUGGGACUGCUUAAAGGAGACUUGGAGAAUCAUGUCAAUCUCAUCAAUGCACCCCUGUUUGCAAAAGAAGCAGGACUCAUUAUAACCGCCAAACACAGCGACUCAACUCCAGGAUCUCCCACAAACAUGUGCGCACUGGAGGUCUCGACUUCUGGUGUCUCCCAUAAACUUAUGGGUUCUGUACAAGCAGGUAUUCCUGUGCUACUGCAACUUGAUGGGGCAAUGUUUGGACAGGUAGUUCCUCUCAAGGGAAACCUUUUGAUUUACAAGGCUGUGCAAAAUCCUCAACUGUUACCAUCUGUGAUAGGUGUGCUUGCUUCAGCUGGAAUUCAGAUUGAAUCGUACAAUGUCUCGGCUGUUUUGGAUGGAGAACAGUGGAGUAUUAUGAGCAUUGCUUCAUUAUUAGUCGAUCUGAAUCCUCUUAAACCAUAUGCAAAAAUGGUGACGCAGCUGGCAAUAUGAAUAACUAUAUUCCAUUCUUAAAAACCUGCAGCACAAUUUAUAAGUAGGUCUGAUCAAAAAGUGGUGGAUGAUUUGAAUUUAUUGUAAGAAAAUACAGGAUUGCACUUCAACCUCAAUGCCUUUCCUUUCAGUCUUUUCAAAAAAUUAUUGUCAUUACCUUGUCUACCCAAUCUAAUAGCAAUUAAGAUGAUAACAUGUUAAAAAGCUAACAUAAACAGAAACCAUUGUAUAAACUGCAAAUUGUUUAUUCACCUAUUUGUCUGUUUUUUAGCUCCACCAUGAAUUUAGUUUUUGUUGCAAAAUCUCAUUGCUGCAGUAAUAAAUACCAUUUCAAAGCAA